GAGCGCAGCGGAGAGGAUGCCUCGCUCCUUCCUGGUGAAGAGCAAGAGGGCUCACACUUAUCAUCAACCACGAGCACUGCACGACUGCACAGGUCCUUGGCGUGAUGGUGGUGGGUAUCCUCCUGCGGACCCGUCCGGUUCCGCGUGGAGCUUUCCCGCAAAGGAAGCGGUGGUGACCGCGGACGCGUCGUCUCUCUCUCUGGGUUGCCUCGUUCCGAAGGCGCCUGACUCCUCUCCCAAGUCCCCGUCAAGCUGCGCAGGCAGUCUGUGCGCGUCCUCGCCGGACUAUGAAGGCUUCUGGAGGCCGCCGUCCCCGUCUGCCUCGCCUGUAGAUUCGCUCAAGUCUUUUUCCCCUUUGAUGGACGAUACGACGGCCUUUUCAGUUCCCUUCCGGCCGUACGAUUGGAGCGGAUACUCAACCCCCGUUGUGCAGGGCCUCUAUCCAGCCACGGUCCCUUCGGUGCACGGCUUUUACGCGGAGCCGGGCGCGCAGGUGCUCCAGCAGUCGUCCGCUUACGCUCAGCAGGCGCUGCGGACUUACAGCCGCCACGCCGUCGCCGCCGCCUCACUGCUCUUCCACGACAGGGGGGCCCUGCACGCCCACCACAUUGAGGCCCACCGCGAGGCCCCGCCGGAUGUUUGCGCCAGCCUGGCGCUCCACGGCGCCUUCAAAUGUGUCAAGUGCAGCAAGGUCUUCUCCACUCCGCAUGGGCUGGAGGUGCACGUUCGCAGGUCCCACAGCGGGACUCGGCCCUUCGCGUGCCCCGUCUGCAGCAAAACCUUCGGACAUGCCGUCAGUCUGGAGCAGCACAAGGCCGUGCACUCGCAGGAGAGGAGCUUCGACUGCAAGAUCUGCGGCAAGAGCUUCAAGCGCUCAUCCACGCUGUCCACGCACCUCCUGAUCCACUCGGACACGCGUCCCUACGCCUGCCAGUACUGCGGCAAGCGCUUCCAUCAGAAGUCGGACAUGAAGAAGCACACCUUCAUCCACACGGGGGAAAAGCCGCACAAGUGCCAGGUGUGCGGCAAGGCCUUCAGCCAGAGCUCCAACCUCAUCACGCACAGUCGCAAACACAGCGGCUACAAGCCCUUCGCCUGCCACCUCUGCAGCAAAGGGUUCCAGAGGAAGGUCGACCUGCGCAGGCACAAGGACACGCAGCACGGGAUCAAGUGAUGGCGAGGCGCUAACAGACUUUUUUGCCAACGCUUGUUUGUCUUCUGUCCUGGGACCUGUCCUCGUCUGUUAAGCCACCACCAUCAAAUAUGUUGCUAUCGGAAGGACAACGUAAAAGUGAAAGAUAGACUUCUCAAAAGCACCAAUAUCGCAGAUUAAUUCAUGUUGAAUGGGUCUUACACCAAAAAUGUCCAUACUGAUAUAUAGAGACGUUAAACACUAAAAAAAAAAUACAUGCAUAAAAUACUAGAGAUUAGAAUCUUGUUUUGUUUGUUGUCACUCAACCUCUGAAGUCAUGCUGGCAAAAUAUCAAGUCAGAUUUGAGCAUUUUCUUUUUCUUUUCUCACCACUCAAAUGUUUUCCCCUCCUGCUUUGACCAAACUGCAAUAAACGGCAGAAUGAAUGAAUGAAUGAAUCUAAUUAAUCAUUUAUCUUAUUUGACCAACCUACAAAAAUUGUUUUCAACCAAACGACAAUACAUGAGAUGAUUUAUUAAAGACAAAUAGAACGCGA